CCCGACCGUCAAGACGGAAUCAAAGUCGUCGAUACAUUCGAUACCCUUGUAUCUCGUCGCGCAACCCUAUCAGCACAUUGUCCAGUCCGGUAUGGCGGAUCCUUCGUCGUCGCCUCCGAUGAGAGCCAAGCCAGAGCCUACAGACAGCUUGAGUCCGAGUACCAGUGUUGAGCUGCAUAGAAGGAGUAAGACCGGCUACGUGCCGACGUCGGAAAAAGAAAUGCGACGAGGCGAGGCCAGGCUCGCAAUAGACGAUCCUUUGGACUCGCAACUCCUAUCUUACUUCGUCACACACGCUGGCCAAGCCCUGAACAUAUACUCCGAGACACAAAACCCAUUCGACGGGUUCGUGGUUGACAUGGCGUUGGCGAACUCAGGCCUUAUGCACUCGCUGCUUUGCCUUUCGGCUUCUUGCCUGCUCAUCCAUCAGUCGACAUGCACCCAAGAGAUUGUCGUCCGCCACAGCCACCACUUUGAUCAAGCUGUCGUCACUCUUCGGAAAGGCGUCGAGGCCUACAGCUCUGACAAUUCAACACAAAGCGCCGACUGCAUCGUGCUGCAAACAAUCAUACUCGCGCAGGAAGCGAUUGUGACAGGAGAAGUACACGGCAGCUAUCGAUGUCACUUGUCUGCAGCUUCAAGACUUGCUGAGAGCUGUGGAGAUUUGAGCGCAGACGUGCAGAGUUUUGCUCGUCAGUUCCUGUUAUAUCACAACCUCGCCAACACAAUUUCAUGCCUCGACCCUGUCAAUCAUAGCAUGUCGUCACAAUUGGAAGCGGAUCAUGGUGAAACAGUGGAGCAGGGCACAUCAUCACAGGGCUGCGUCGACGCACUCUUGCAUGGUCUUCUAGAACCAAUGUCCCGUACACGGCAGGUCCGAGACGGCAUACGCUUCCAUCGCAGCACAAACAACUCGAGGUGGUUCAAAGACGAACAACUACUCAGCUUAGCCUUGGGAGUCGAAACACAAUUACGGACCUGGCAGUCCCAAUUCUCGCCAAAUACUCCACAAUACUGGUCCUCAUUGGCAUAUCGGCAAAGCGCCUAUGUAUACCUCUACCGGACCAUCAAGCCAUCGCUGUCGAGUCCAGAGUUAUCACAAUCCUUGUCUGAUGGAUUGUCUUAUGCAUCACUCGCACUACGGGAUAUAGAUAGGAACAACAACAGCAUGAUCAGCUGGAUCUGUGGUGUGCUGCUGCCUCCAUUAUUCUUGUUGGGCUGCGCGGCCUUUGACCCAAUUCAUAGACAAGCAGUGGUCGAGAAUUUGGAUGAUCUGCACGCGUGUAAUCAGAGGACUAGCAUCCUGCAUGCUCGAGCGAUCUUGGAGGAAGUCUGGUCACGGAUGGAUGCAGUUACACAUGGUGCUAAUGGCGAUGCCUGGGAUUGGGAGAGGGUGAUGAAGGACCUGAACGUGGAUAUCAUGUUGUCA